AGAAGCCUUGGUCUUCCUCCUCUUCCUCUUCCUCCUCAUACCUGUCUGUCGUCACAUGGCAUCGGGAAUGUUAGGAGCAACACCAACGUACCGCUCACUGGAAAUACUGCUGGAUACAGUUCAAGAGGAAGACGGACAGACACAGGAAGGAUGAACCGCUCCUGUGUGAACUACUUGAAAACGUUGGUGAUCGGUCUCAACUUCCUGUGCUGGCUGUGCGGUGCCUUUGUGGUGGCCCUCGGGGAGUUCCAGGUGAUUCACUCCAAGUUCGCCUCCCUCGUCACCUCCUUCUGGCCCAUCUUCCCCGCCAACACCUUGGUGGUCACCGGCACCAUCGUGACCUGCGUGUGUUACCUGGGAGUGUUCGGCGGCAUGAAGGAGAACCGCUGCAUGCUCAUCAAUUUUUUCGUGCUGCUGUUCAUCCUGAUGCUGGUGGAGUUGGCCAUGGCCUGCGUGUUCCUGGUGUACAGCAGAGAGAUUGACACAUACUUUGAGGAUGACCUGAUGCGAAGCCUGGAGAUCUACAGACAGCUCGGUCCGGAAAGCAACUCGACCAUUAGAGACGACUUGGACGCUGUCCAGCACCUGUUUAAGUGCUGUGGAGUUCAUGGUGUAGCAGACUGGAAGGGUAACGUCCCAAUCUCCUGCUGUAGGGAGGACCCCUGUGACCCCCUAAUCCACACAGACUGGCAAGAGGGUUGUCUCGUGAAACUGAGGGACUGGUUUUCCAGAAACUAUCGCAGCACGGGCGCAGGCGUCGUCACGAUGUUCAUCCUGCAGUUCAUUUGUCUGUCCAUCACCGUCCCUCUCUUUUGCUACUUCAGUCGACAUGGACUGGGUUACCAGUGACGAAGGGCCGAUGAAACAGACUUUCUGUAUGUCAACAGGUUGCUUUUUCUGUAUCAACUUUGAAUUAAUCUGUUCAAGUACCCAAUGAUAAACGGUGAGCCAACAGGAGAACGAGCGGUGGGACAAAGGAGACAUUUCAUUAGAUGGGGCAUGACAUGCUGCCCUAGUCUACAAAGAGCCCACGAGGUCUGUUCCCCCAAUGAGGGCUCGGCUGGAUGACGGGCAGUGCUGCGGACGCCCGCCCUUCCCAGUUUGUUGGACAUUAAAAACAUUUUGAACUUGGACAAACUAGAGCUAAACAAAUCCCACAUGGAUAACUUUGCCAGUAAUCAUUAUUCACUUUUUGUUUUUCAAUAUUUUCCGCCCCUUUUUAUUUAAUUUUGUGCUUUCACGUGUUUUGAGCAACUGGAAAUAAAUAGUCCGUUAAACUUGUAAAUACUUUGCUAAUUAAAACCCAGCUUUCUUUCUAUUUGUCCGAUGUUUUUGUUUUUUUCUGUGUUCAGUUUCGGUUGAUUCUGAUUAUUGAAAACAUAAUGAGUGAUUCCUGAUGUUGUGCAAGGAAACUACAACUAGAAUCCUUGAUAUUAUGCGUAACAUGUACAGUAACUGUUGGGUCCGACAGUUCAUAUCUGAAGGGCUGCAGAGAUUGUUUUUGUACACACUGUCAAGCUUAUGUUCAUAUUUAGAAAUGUUUUCAAAAACAAAUUAUGAAUGAGUUAUAUGCUAUAUGUGUGAGGUAGGUUAACUAGCAUUUAUUCUGCCCACUGCUGCUUUUGUAGUUUUUUUUUAGAUUUUCACAAUUUGUAAUACAAAAGUCAAUGAGCUGCUGGCGAUAUUUAGAUUGACUUGUUUGUGUAAGAUCGACCUAAAACGUGCCGGAAAACAUGUUUAUAUAUUUAACUAUCUUCUUCAAAAUCAUUUAGAAAAGUACGUGUUUGCAAAACCAUGUUUUAGUUAUCAUGUAACUUUUAGUGAAUGUUGAAUAAAAAAAUGUAAAAAGUUUUAGAGCAGCAAUAAUGCUUAAUUCUCAAAUGUCCACCAUUUUGUCUGCCCAGAGGAUUCACCAGUUUUUGUUAUUUAUCUUCCUCCUGAUACUAUAACUGUUUGUGUGUGUAGCACAUGUAGGAUGUAGGACUAGUACUGCAUUUAGUUGUGCAAUAACUGAACAUUAAAUGUACCAUACAUUG